AUCUGAUACAUUAGAAGAAACUGCUGAGAUUUACUCCUAACAGGGUCGGUUCUUCUUUUUCUCCAACCGAUCGUCCUUCUUCUGCUGCUAAACCUGGAGGAACGACCGUCAUUGUGGUACUGACAUAUACAAACAUGGACAAGAAACAAAAAUGGACCACAGGUCUCGAAGGUGUGUUAUUGAUACUGCUGAGUCACAUGACUGCAGGACUCGAAGUGCCUCUUGAUCCUAAAGUACUGGAAGGAUUGCCUCAGCCCCCCACCAUAACCCUGCAGUCCCCAAAGGAUUACAUCUUUGAUCCGCGGGAGAACAUCGUCAUUCACUGCGAGGCCAAAGGGAAGCCUCAUCCCAGCUUUUCUUGGACGCGGAAUGGGACCAACUUUGAUGUGGAGAAAGACUCCAAAGUCUCGAUGGAGCCUGGCUCAGGAACGCUGGUCAUUGACAUCAUCGGAGAAAAGGCUGAGGCCUAUGAGGGAACAUACCAGUGCACAGCUAGCAACGAGCACGGCAAAGCUCUAUCCAACAACAUUGUCAUCAGGCAGUCCAGGUCCCCCUUGUGGUCGAAGGAAAGAAAUGAGGUGAUUGUGGUGCAGAAGGGGCAUUCCCUCGUGCUUCCAUGUCGACCUCCUGCAGGCCUGCCUCCUCCUGUCAUCUUCUGGAUGGAUAACAACUUCCAGAAGCUGCCGCUGGAUAAACGCGUGUCCCAGGCCCUGAACGGAGACCUGUACUUUUCCAAUGUGCUCCCAGAAGACACCCGGAGCGAUUACAUUUGUUAUGCUCGCUUUCACACGCAAACCAUCCAGCAGAAGCAGCCCAUCUCUGUCACAGUACUCACCAACAACCCAGAAGGGGAGCGACACCCUGGUUUUAUGUUGCCUUUCGGCAGUACGAGCACCAAGAUGGUUCUGAGAGGGGAGACUCUGGAGUUGGAAUGCAUCGCUGAAGGGAUACCCACUCCGGACAUUUCGUGGCAGAAGGAUGCAGGGAAGCUGCCGCUUGGCAGAACACGCUUCCAAAACUUCAACAAAACUCUGAAGAUUUCUAAUGUGAAUGAAGAUGAUGCGGGUGACUACCGCUGCACAGCCACCAACAAGCUAGGCUCUGCCGAACACGUCAUUAAAGUCACUGUUAAAGCGGCUCCUUUUUGGAUCAGUGCCCCCAGAAACCUGAUCCUGGCUCCAAAUGAGACUGGCAUCUUAACCUGCCGUGUUGAUGGAAAACCUAAGCCGAAAAUUAACUGGUUUGUCAAUGGACGUCCGAUAAAGGAUGUUUCUGAAGAAAACGGCCCAAAGAUAGAGGAGGACACCGUGAUUCUGAGCAACGUACAGUCGGGGACCAGUGCUGUCUACCAGUGCAAUGCAUCCAAUGAGUUUGGUUACUUGAUGGCUAACGCUUUUGUCAAUGUUCUGGCCGAACCACCGAGAGUUCUCACCCCACCCAACCAAGUGUACCGCGUCAUCAUGAACAACCCGGCGUUGCUUCACUGUGCCUCCUUUGGCUCGCCAAUACCAGCCAUCACAUGGUUUAAAGACGGCCAGACCAGCAUUAGGAGCAGUGACCCAUACGUGGUCCACGAGAACGGCACGCUGGAAAUUAACAUGGCUCAGCCGCUACACAGUGGGAAAUAUACCUGCACUGCCACCAAUAACCUGGGGUUCAAAGAGAAUCAUGUCUUCCUGGAAGUUAAAGAACCCACUCGGAUCCUCACUCAGCCGGAGUACAGAGUGGCGCAGAGAGGGAUGAGUGCUCUGUUUGAGUGUAAAGUCAAACAUGAUAGCACCCUGAUUCCCACCAUGACCUGGCUGAAAGAUAACGGGGAACUGCCGGACGAUCAGAGGUUUGAGGUGGGCGAUGACAGUCUGACCAUCAGAGGCGUGACAGAUGAGGAUGCAGGCACUUACACCUGCAUCACAAGCACUGUCCUGGAUCAGGACUCUGCAAGUGCUACGCUGACUGUCGUCGAGGCAACUCCUACUCCAACAAUUGUUUUAGAAAAACCCGACCCUCCAACUGACCUGGAACUUACUGACCAGAUGGAGAGAAGUGUUCAGCUCACCUGGAUCCCUGGAAAUGAAAACAACAGUCCAAUACAGAACUUUUUGAUUGAGUACAUGGAUCUGCUCCACCAGCCAGGAGUUUGGGUCAACCUCACAGAAGUUGCCGGUAGCAGCACCACCGCCCAGCUGCGGCUCUCUCCAUACGUCUACUAUAUGUUCAGGGUGCGCGCUCGGAAUGAUGUUGGCUACAGCGAGCCCAGUCAACCCUCAGCGCAAUACAGAACCAACCCGUCAGCUCCGGAUGAAAAUCCGACAAAUGUGGAAGGAGCAGGAACAGAACCUGGCAACUUGGUAAUCUCCUGGAAGCCCCUCACAGGAUUCCAGUCGAAUGGUCCUGGACUGGAGUACAAGGUCCAGUGGAGACAAAAGGACGUAGAAGAUGACUGGACCUCAAAGAACGUUGGCAACGUUUCCAAACUGAUUAUCCCUGGAACUCCAACCUAUGUGCCCUACGAAAUUAAAGUCCAGGCUUUUAAUGACUACGGCAACGGUCCUGAACCCUCAGUGGUGGUUGGCUUCUCGGGAGAAGACUUGCCUUUGUCUGCCCCUGACAGCGUCCAGGUCACUGUUCCUAACAGCACAAUGGCAGAAGUGCAGUGGGAGCCUGUAUCGAAUCCCUCUGUUCGAGGGGAACUACAAGGGUACAGGGUGUACUACCGUAGAGUGCGUGGCCAGCACGACCCGCAGGAGGAAGCAGAUCAGCAGGAGCAAGUUUUAACUUUCAGCGGAAACCUCAGCGAGGGAACGCUGCCAGACCUUCAGCCUUACAGCGUCUACAACGUCUUCAUCAAGGUGUUCAAUAACAAAGGAGAAGGGCCUCCCAGCCCCAACAAGACUUUUGAAACCCCUGAAGGAGUACCAGGUCCUCCAUCUUUUCUGAGAGCGGUCAACCACGGCUUGGACACUCUCACACUAGAAUGGGGGCCACCAUUGAGCAACAAUGGACGUCUUACAGUAUACACCCUCAAAUACCAUCCAACCAAUGCCACAAAUGAAAUGGGGCCGGUCACAGAACUGACUUUUCCAGCCAACGUGACCACCACCACUUUGGACAGCCUGAACGUCAACGUGCUCUACAAGUUUUCCUUAAAUGCUUGGACGAGACAGGGCCCCGGCCCUGAUAUCGAAGAACAGGUGUAUAGAGCCAUGGAUACAGCUCUUAUUCAGCCCACUAUACAGCCAGGCAAAGGCCCCACUGAGCCCCCUCACCCACCCUCCCCCAUCACACAGUCUCUGCAUCCCUCGCUUCACAAGGCGCCCUCUGUUGGGCCUGUGUUUGGAACCGUUAACACAUCUGUGUCAGAGGAAGGCCCAGUCAUCAGCUGGGAAUACUUUGGACACCACAUGAGAUUAUUUGUGGAAUAUGUUGUAGAAAACAGUGAUGAUGAAUGGAAAUGGGAGUCAGUAAAUGGGACACAUUCACAUACUAUAAAAGGUCUAAAGCCGGGGACGUCCUACUGGGUGCGUGUGGUAGCUAGAGAUGGAGCCGGCUUGGUGGUCCACAAGACCACCGAAGUGUUGGUUACAGUGCCAG